GGCAAGAUAAACUUGAAAGUGAGCCAAAAACUAUUUUGUGCAUUUAAAAGAAAUGCUUAACAACAUGUGUUGCAAAAAUCAGAACAUACGUUUUACAAUAUGUUUAAGAUCAUUUUGCGAUGCUACUGCUCUUCUAAAAUGGUCCGUGUUUUGAAUGUUGCCGAGAAAAACGAUGCUGCAAAAUCACUUGCAGAUGUCAUGUCUCAAGGAAGAUACAGAAAGAGAGAGGGACUCUCUCGUUUCAACAAGCUGUAUGAGUUUGACUACCAUCUUCUCAACCAAAAUGCUGCAAUGACGAUGACAUCUGUUUCAGGUCACUUGUUGGAGCUAAAUUUUGCUGGUCAUUACAGUAAAUGGAAUUCAUGUAGUCCAAGUGCCUUGUUUGAACUUCCUGUCACAAAAUACUGUCCUGAAAAGUUUUUGGAAAUUAAGCGAACACUAGAGAGAGAAGUGCGAGGUUGUCAGAUACUGGUAAUCUGGACAGAUUGUGAUCGUGAGGGUGAAAACAUUGGCUUUGAGGUGAUACAGGUGUGUCAGCAAGUGAAAGCCAACAUCCGAGUUUACAGAGCCCGUUUUUCUGAGAUUACGCCUCAAGCAGUCCAUCGAGCUGUGAACAACUUGGUUGAGCCGGACAAGAAUGUCUCAGAUGCGGUUGAUGUUCGCAGUGAGUUGGAUCUUAGAAUAGGUGCUUCAUUUACCCGAUUUCAAACGAUGAGGCUCCAAAAGGUGUUCCCUGAGGUGUUGGCCGAUAAACUCAUCAGUUACGGCAGCUGUCAGUUCCCGACUCUCGGCUUCGUUGUGGAGCGAUACAAGCAGGUUCAGGCGUUUAUCCCGGAGCCCUUCUGGAAACUCAAAGUGUCUCACCAGAAAGAAGAUGAAGUGAAGGCAGAGUUUACCUGGAAAAGGGUUCGGUUGUUUGACUAUCUUGCCUGUCUUGUUCUGUAUGAACAGUGCAUUGAGAAUCCAGUGGCCACUGUGGUGGACGUGAGAAGCAAGAGUAAGAGCAAGUGGAGACCUGUGGCUUUAGAUACCGUGGAAAUGGAAAAGUUAGCUUCGAGAAAGUUGCGCAUAAAUGCAAAGGAAGCAAUGAAGAUAGCAGAGAAGCUGUACACAAGUGGUUUUAUCAGCUACCCCAGGACAGAGACGAACAUGUUUCCUAAAGACCUCGAUAUGCAAGGCUUGAUACAGGAGCAGACCCGAGACCCUCACUGGGGAGAGUUUGCCCAGGGUGUUCUCAACAGUGGACCUCAGCCCCGGAAUGGAAACAAGACUGACAACGCCCAUCCGCCCAUCCACCCAAUCAAAUACACAGCUACACUGCAGGGAAAUGAGCAGAAGCUGUAUGAGUUCAUUGUGCGUCACUUUCUCGCCUGCUGUUCUCAAGAUGCCCAGGGAUUUGAAACCACAGUCGAGAUUGACAUUGCAGAGGAGAGGUUCACUGCUCAGGGCUUGAUGAUCGUGGCUCGAAACUAUCUUGAUGUUUACCCGUAUGAAAAGUGGAAUGCCAAGGAAAUACCAAUAUACAACAAAGGUGACAGAUUUGAGCCAAAUUCAAUUGAGAUGAAUCCCGGAGAAACGAGCCCACCACCUCUACUCAGUGAAGCUGAUCUCAUAGCUCUGAUGGAGAAACAUGGGAUAGGAACUGAUGCAACUCACGCCGAACAUAUUGAGACAAUCAAAAACAGAUCAUACGUCGGGGUGCGGCCUGAUGGAAGAUUUGUGCCGGGUCACUUGGGAAUGGGUCUCGUUGAAGGUUACGAUGAGAUGGGGUAUGCAAUGUCUAAGCCACACUUACGAGCAGAACUAGAAUCAGAUCUUAAACUAAUAUGUGAAGGAAGAAAAAACAAAGAUGUAGUCUUGCAAGAUCAGGUUAGGAAAUACAAAGAGGUGUUUCUGGAAGCAACUCGACAGGCAGUCAAACUGGAUGACGCUUUAGCUCAGUACCUGGGACAAGCCAACCCGGUGAAUCAGUCAGAUGUUGAAGUGACGGGACCCGCUCCUGUCUGUCCAUGCCCCCAGUGUGGCUCUCAAAUGGUCUUGAGAACAAAGAAAGAUGGAAAAGGGUUUUUUAUCGGGUGUGUGGCUUAUCCCCAGUGUCGUAACGUCAUCUGGCUGCCUGAUUCGGUACUGGAGGCGAGUGCACAAGAUGCAGUGUGUGAUAAGUGCACUCCUGGGCCUGUCCACAUGGUGAAAUUCAAAUUCCGAAGAGGUUCCGUGCCUCCUAUGAUACCACUAGACUAUGUUGGUUGUAUUGGUGGGUGUGAUGAGAUGCUUAAACAAUCCCUUGACUUGCCGACAUUCCCUCAAAGACCAGCACACAACACUGGACAGCGAAAUGCAGCAGGCAAUAUUCCUCACACUAACAAUGCAGCUCCAGUGAGACGCCAAUCUACGACCACUAACAGCAACAACACAAGUUUCUUUGAUUUACCAGCAAGUCGACCAAGUGUGACAUCCAAUCAUGCCAAUAGAAGUGUGCCCAGGCUACCGAGGGGAGAUGCCUCCCGGGUGCCACUAACAAACAUGAACAGUGUGAAUGUGGGUGGGUUAAACAGUGGUGAUUCUGGAGCUGGGGGAUCUGCAAUUGUCUGUAAUUGUGGCACUGAUGCCAUUCUACUGACAGUCAAGAAAGAAGGACCAAAUAAAGGGCGACAGUUUUACAAAUGCCAAAAACCCACUGGGUCUGGAUGUUCUUUCUUUCUGUGGCAAGAUGAAAGUGGUGGAAAGAAUAACAGUUCUGCUAACAACAGUUCUCAGAGACCUGUAGGUGUGGCAAACCCGAGACAUGUUAACAUUCCAAGUGGCAACAACCGAUUACCCAGCACAGACAUACCACAGUGUGGAUGUAGCCAGCCAGCUAAAAGCCUCACAGUUCAGAAGGAUGGUCCAAACAAGGGGAGACAAUUCUAUACCUGUUCACAACCUCCAGAUCAGCGGUGUCGAUUCUUCCAAUGGGCCGAUGAAAACACUGGUCCCACUACAGGUGGCAACACUGGGUGGCCCCAAGCUGGGAAUGGUGGAAGGAAAAGGAAUGCUUCAGCACAAGACGCAGCACCCCAGCGUAAAAAGAAGUCCUGCAGUCUUUGUGGACAAAUAGGUCACACUAAACGAACUUGUCCUCAUAAAGAUACCGGAUGAAGCGUGGAAAAAUGUUAUGUGUAUAGUGUGUGAAUGUUAGUAUGAAAGAAAUAAAAUAG